CGCCAGAGUGGCAUCAUCGACACCACCGGCAUCUCCGGCGCCAUCCACCCCCGCCUCGAAGUGCGCCAGAUGCACUCCGAGCAGCCCAACCAAUUCUCCCUCCUCGUCCUCGGCUUCCAGAAGUGGUACUUGCAGACCGACUCUGCUACCAGCUACCAUGCCAUCGCGGGGAUUCAUGGUGUGCCUUUGGUGAACUACAACAACGUCGAGCAGUGCUCAACAUGCCAGGCCGCGUAUGGGUACUGUAACCAUGACAUGGUCACCUUCCCCGGCUGGCAUCGCUCUUUGAUGGCCCUGUUCGAGCAGGAAUUCGUGGCCGUCGUUGAGGAGAUCGCCAACAACUGGAACUCAACCGGAUCGGGCCCAACCCGCGCUGAAAUGCAGUCUGCCGCAAGCACCUUCCGUUUCCCCUACUGGGACUGGGCUGCCAAGCCUCCCAAUGGCGGCAACAACUUCCCCGGUGUCUUCAGCAGCCCCAGCGUCGUCAUCAACGGCCCCAACGGCCAGGAGACGAUCUCCAAUCCCCUCUACCAGUACCACUUCCCGAGCACCGCCGAUCUCGUCUACCCCGACUUCACUUCCUGGCCAAACACCCUGCGCUAUCCCACCUCCGACGCAGCUUCGGCGACCAGCCAGGACAAUCUCGCCGUCACCGCCUUCAACAGCAUUCGCCCGUCUCUGCAGGACCAGGUGUACAAGCUUCUCACCUCCUGCAACGAGUACCUCCCAUUCUCCAAUGACGACGCCAACUUGGCCUCCACCGGCUGCUCGAACAGCAUUGAGGGAAUUCACAACACCAUCCAUACCACGUCGGGUGGUGUGCCAUCGGCCGAGGGCGGCACCGCCGGCCACAUGUACUACCUGACUGUGGCCGCUUUCGAUCCGCUCUUCUGGUUCCACCAUGCCAUGGUCGACCGCCUGUUCGCCAUGUGGCAAACCAUCAACCCAACUGCGUAUGGCGCAUCCCAAUCGGCCCCCCAUGUAACUUGGACCAUCGCCAGCGGCUCCCAGUUGAACGCCGACACCCCCUUGACUCCUUUCUACCAUUCCAGCGGCGAGUUUUUGACCCUCAACGCGGUGAGGGAAUGGACGCAAUUCGGCUACACAUAUCCCGAGUUCGCCGACAGUGAUGGAAGCAAGGCUGCGAUCGCCAGCUAUGUCAACAAGCUCUACGGCCCAAGUGCCACCGCCACCGCCGGCUCGUCCAAGCGCACAGCUGCCCCUGAGCCCGUCAAGAAGGCCGCUCUCGAAGUCGUCGAGGAGCAAGCAAACGCUGAGAAACGCCAAAUCUUCCAGCUCCCCCAGGGAGCCGUGUCGCAGAACGGCAGUGCGUUUGAGUACGUCGCCAACAUCGUCACUCCUCGCUACGCCCUCGGCGGCUCAUACUACGUCUUCGUGUUCUUGGGCGAGCCAGCCAGCGAGGACCCGUCCACGUGGAUCAACGACGCCAACAUGGUCGGGCCGAUGGGCGUUCUUGCUCAGCAAGGCAUGGAGGACUCGACCCUCCUCAUCGCCGGCUCCGUCCCCUUGACUCGCUCUCUGACCGCCCAGCUGGGAUCCAGCGCGCUCGCCGAGCUGACGGAGGAGCUGGUCGGCCCGUACUUGCAGAACCUGCUGCAGUGGAGGAUCCUGGGGCCCAACGGCCAGGCCGUCGACCCCACCUCCCUCAACGGCUUCCUGGUGUCGGUCUACUCUUCCACCGCCUCCGUGCCGCAGGCGGACGAGGAGUUGCCGCAGUACUCGCAAUACUUCCCGCUG